AUGCGCAAGAGGCGCGAGGCGGAGCGGAUCGAGUACCUGCGCUAUCUGAUCAAUCAGCAGCGUCUGCCCACUGGCCUCGUGGGGCUUGCCCUGUCGUACCUGCCCUACGCGCGCCUGCUCGACCUGCAGCGCGCAGAGCCUGCGUUCCUGUCGCGCGACCACCUGGUGACGGCCGACGUGACCAACCUCUGCAUAUGGCGCGACGGCCUGUCGCUGCUCGCCGGCGCGACUGGUGACGCCUCGACAACGUCGAAGCUGCUGAUGCGGGUCUACGACCACUUGGAGCUGCUCCAGAGGCGCGCGCUCGACGCCGACGAGAGGGACCCGCGCAAGUACUCGCCCGUCAUCCCAGGCCACGCGCCGCCGCCGCCGGAGACCACCAGUUCGGGUUCGUUGGCCGUGGUCCCGUCGCUCGAGGAGUUCAAGCGCCGGCUGGACGCCUUCACCAACGGCCAGCUGCGCCACCUUAACUGGGACAACCUCUUCCUCGCCGGAGGGAGCGUGGUGGCGUGCCUACUGCCCGAGGCCGAUGUGGACCCCGCGCUGUGGGGCCAGGGCGACAUCGACCUGUGGAUCGUGGGACUCAACCCCCACCAGGCCCGCGCCAAGGUCUCCACAGUGCGGGAGGUCUACGAGCAGGUGCGGCGGGCGCAGAGCGAGAGCGAGGUGUGCGUGGUGCGGACCAAGAACGCGGUGAGCAUAUGCACCCGUCACCCGUCGCGCACGGUGCAGAUCAUCCUGCGCCUCUACCGCAGCCCGGCGCACGUGCUGGGCGCGUUCGACCUCGACUGCGUGGCGGUAUUGGCCAUGCCGCGAUGCCUGCGCGCCCUGACCACCAAAACCAACCUGAUGGAGCUGAGCUCUUUACGCACCUUGUCCUAUUCCUGCGAGUUCCGAGCGGUGAAGUACUGCCGGAGGGGAUUCGCGCUGCGCGUGUUCGAUGCCCAGCAACUACUGCAGGACAGGGCCAAAGGCCGCGAUGUUCACCCUGGAGUGCCGCUGGUCCAGGCCGACGGCGUCGCGCUGGCCAAGAUCGUCGGCCUGCAGUUCGCGCUCGACACCCUCAAGGCCGCGCCAGAGAAAAAGCAGACGAACGCUGGCGAGCCCGACAAGGAGGCGGGUGAUGGUGGGGCGGCCUAUGACGAGACGUACAUACCCUACGGGCCGACGUGGGACGGCCCGCGGAUCCGGCGCUUCCUGGAGCGUAAGCAGGCCCGCGAGCGCGCCCAGCUGCGACAGAGCGGCGCCAUCGCGUCGGUGCGCGACUACGCGCCCUUCUUCGUCUUCGGCGCCAGCCUGGAUCAGGUCACCAACCACUCGCGCGCCCACCUCCACCUCCCCUUCACCCUUGUUGAACAGUCCUGA